CCUACACCAGAAAUCGAGGCCGCCAAAUAAUACCGAUCCUCGCUGCUGUCGUGCGAGACGGCGAGUCUCCCGCACCACACUGCGAGCAAUGCACCAAAUGCUUGUAUGCCUACAUGUGUAUAUGCGUCCGUCACCCUCAAAGCUCCUUUUCCCCUCGGGUAUGCCUGAGGAGCUUUCUCUUGUCCCAUAGCCCGCGUCGCUAGGCCUGAGGGCCGAGACGUGAUGAUACAACGAGCAUGCCACCGAUCCGACUCAGAGGCAGCCGUGCGCGCGCGCGCCCAUUCUACGUCACCGUUCUGCUCUUGUCCUUGCUGACGGUUUAUGCAUUCCUGUCGUCGCAUGGGCGCCGCCACCACCUCGACUACGAUAUCGACCGGGAUGCGACGCUUCUCACGCGCCGCGCAAAAGCCCCCGAAUGCAACCAAGUCCACUCGGCCGAAGACCAAUGCGCCUUCGUUAGGCGAUACUGCAAGGACGACAAUGCGGGACUCCUUCCAUACCUCGAACUCUACUACUGCGGCCUCAGCCAUGCCCAGCCGGUAGCGUUUGUCUUGCUGGUGCUGUGGCUGGGCUUGCUCUUCACCACAAUUGGCAUCGCCGCCAGCGAUUUCUUCAGCAUCAAUCUCAGCACCAUCGCCACGAUUCUCGGCCUCAGCGAGAGCCUGGCCGGCGUCACGUUUCUUGCCUUUGGCAAUGGAUCACCUGAUGUCUUCAGCACCUUUGCCGCCAUGAGCUCCAACAGCCCCGGCAUGGCCGUGGGCGAGCUCAUCGGGGCGGCCUGCUUCAUCACGGGUGUCGUCGCCGGCUCUAUGGCGCUGGUGCGCGAAUUCAGGGUGGAUAGGAAGACCUAUACGCGCGACCUUGGUUUCUUCAUUGUUGCCGUAUGCUUCACAAUGGUGUUCCUCGCCGACCAAAAACUUCUGUUCUGGGAGUGUUGGGCGAUGAUAGGAUACUACGUUGUAUACGUUGUCACCGUUGUCGGAUGGCAUUGGUAUUCGACGCAGAGGAAACGGCGGUUGCGGCGAGAAGGCGAAGCACGCAGUAACUAUUACGGAGCCGUGGGACAGUCCAGGGACGAGUUGGCCGGGGAGCCGUACAGAGACGAACCCGAUGACGCCGACCAGGAGAUUCGUGGCUCAUCCAGGCGCAGCUCGCCGCCGCCGGAUACCGCCUCUUUCGAACAAGGACCGAGGAUCGAAGUAGACGGCCGAGCAGAGAACAUUGUCGCCGCCUCCAGCGAUGAGGAUGUCGAUGGAGAUCACGAGCGCAUGGUGGCUGCCGAAGUUACGAGGAACAUGCGAGUCUUGCGGAUUGGGCCGAAGCGGCACCAUAACAUGAAUCCCAUCCGGCCCAGUCUGUUUGGAGCGCUCGAGUUUCGAUCCGCAUUGGCGCAGCUGCAGCGCGAAAGCAAUCUACAGCUCUCUCCCAUCACGGGUCGCAGCCAUUCGGAAAACAUCAUCAACCGCCGCGGUAGAAGAGGCACUGUGGCUGCCACUUCCUACCUCCACGACCAUGGCGUGGAGCCUGACUCACCGACCGAUACAACAGCGACAGCAUACAGGGAUCGUGCAUUGUCGUCGGGGGAUAUGCCGACGUCUUCGGCGCCCGCCAUCCCUAUGCUCAGCGACCGAUUGGACGUCGAACAACCCAGUCAGCGCCCUGAGGAUCAUGACAGCGGUCAGAAAGCUUCGACGCCAAUCUUGUCAUACCAAGUAGAUGGAAACCUUGCUCCGCCCCCAACAGGCUCUAAAGGAACGCUUCUCGGCAACUCUCUUGAUGGUACUGGAGAUAACGCGCAUUCACCCAAGUUGAAACUGCAAAUUCCGAGCCGCCGCAGCAGUCAGAGUAACCAGUCGUCUCCCAGCACUCCGUUCCCCCGGUUCUCAGAAUCGCCGAUGUUGCUCACGCCCCAGCCACCGUCAGCGCACCCCGAAUUCAUGCUCCUUCCUUCCCCGGCUGUCGCUAGGAGGGACGACCACUUUCCUGACCUGCAGAUGCCAGUGCAAGUUGCCCGGCCCGUCAAGUGGUGGCCAUACUCGAUGUUGCCGCCACCGCACGUUCUCCUAGCCACCCUGUUCCCGACUCUACAGGGCUGGCGAGAAAAGACAUAUUGGGACAAGUUCGCCAGCGCCUUGUCAAUGCCCACGAUAUUCUUGCUGGUAAUCACAUUGCCAGUCGUGGACUCGGAGACGAACGAGGAUGAUGUAUCCAUCGACGGGACCAUCGUCGAGCCAGUGAGCAGGCCCCUCCUCGCCCACUCUGCUCCGGCUGUUUCCGUCGAGCCGCGAGAGAUUGAACCGGAGAGCGAGUGGGAGCGGUAUCGUCGCCACUCCUUGAUACGGCAUGGCAGUCAUCUUCUCAAUCCCAAUCUGUCGUCUAGCGGCCCUGUUCCUUUGGAACAGGAGGAUACUGCGGUAGAGUCAGCCAUCGCACCGUCGCCACGGUCAUCGAGCCUCCGUCCGAAAUCCGCGUCGAACAUCCCUUCCGUAAGCAACGCCAACGAUGAGUGCGCGCCCUGGAACCGAUGGCUCGUUUGCGUGCAGUUGUUCGCUGGACCACUUUUCGCAGUGCUUGUCCUGUGGGCAAACCUGGCAGACGAUUGGGAGGACCCUGGUAGAGAACUGGUGAUGAUGGUUCUGUACACACUUCUGUUCUCACUUGUGCUCUUGGCCCUCUUGCUCGUGACAACGACCGAGCACCAGCGACCCAAGUUUCACUAUGUUCUUUGUUUUCUUGGAUUCAUCAUAAGCAUUGCGUGGAUUUCGACCGUCGCUGGUGAGGUUGUCGGGGUCUUGAAAGCCUUUGGCGUCAUUCUUGGAAUAUCCGAGGCCCUGCUGGGGCUGACCAUCUUUGCGGCGGGCAACAGCAUUGGCGACCUGGUGGCGGACAUCACGGUUGCCCGGCUUGGCUACCCUGUCAUGGCGCUAUGCGCCUGUUUCGGGGGCCCGAUGCUCAACAUACUCCUGGGCAUCGGGGUCGGUGGAGUGAUGAUGAUGAUUCAAGGGGCCAACCGAAAGCACAAGAAGCAUCCCGAGAAGCCACUUCAAUACGGCCCGUACCCUGUCCAGGUCGGCGGGACCUUGUUGACAUCGAGCGUCACCCUGCUCGCCAUGCUUUUACUAUUACUCAUUCUCGUUCCCCUGAAUAAGUGGGUUCUGAGCCGCAAGAUAGGUUGGUGCUUGAUCGCAUUAUGGACCAUCAGCACAAUCUUGAAUGUUGUGGUUGAGGUGACUGGGAUCUGGGGAAUGGAUGCCUAGGCAGAGUAUACAGAAACACCGUGGGUCCUUGACAAGCGAACCCGGAGUCUGUGGCGUUCGAGUAAGAAUCCAGCACAUACAGCUCGUCUGGGCAAUUACUACUAGUAUCUACUAUUUGGCAUGGCCAGCGUCGUUUAUAGCGAAGAACUUGGAAGGGAACGACAUGAUGGUUCGCAGCAUGGUUCGUUAGAUUGCAGCGUUGGGCAUGUCCGUUUGGGGGCUACGAGGCUUCAUAAAGCAUGCUGCCUGUAUAUACAUGUAUGAAAUACCGCCCUAGCUGGAUGGAAUGCAAAUGCC